GGGCGGAAGUGCGCACGCGCGCUCCUCGCCUCCGCGUCUCCUCUGCUUCUCUUCAUCCGCAGCUUGAAGGCGUUCAGGCGGAGGUAGGGAGCACCGGAGGGAGCGGGAGGACAUGCGGCCGCUCCGACGAACUUUGCUGCAGACAAACUUGAUCCCGGAGGCGGAGAGAGACAUGGACUAACCGAGGAAGAGGAAGAGCGGGGAAGAAGUUGAGCUGUCGCGAUGCCGACUGCAGCUCUGACAGCUCUCCUGCUGCUCAGCCUGGACGUCCUGUCGGCUCACCGCUCCACAGCGGGCCUUAAGAGGCAGCAGAAUGACACCGACCUUCCCCGAGACGAGAAGAAGAAUCCUCCGCACAUCAUAUUCAUCCUCAUCGAUGAUCAGGGCUUCAAUGACAUCGGCUACCACAACCCCACCAUCAAGACCCCAACGCUGGACAAACUGGCGGCGGAGGGAGUGAAACUGGAAAACUAUUACGUUCAGCCGAUCUGCACGCCGUCCCGCAGCCAGCUCCUCACCGGGAGGUAUCAGAUCCACACAGGACUGCAGCACUCCAUCAUCAGGUCCAGGCAGCCGAGCUGUUUGCCCAGACACAUGGACACUCUGCCUGAAACUCUGCGCCGGGCCGGGUACAGCACACAUAUGGUUGGAAAAUGGCACCUGGGCUUCUACAGAAAAUCCUGUCUGCCGACCAGAAAAGGCUUUGACACGUUCUUUGGUUCCUUAACAGGAAGUGUGGAUUAUUACAGUUAUGGGUCUUGCGAUGGCCAAGAUUUGUGUGGGUACGAUCUCCAUGACAACGAGGGCGUGGCCUGGGGCCAUGAAGGGAAGUACUCCACCACAUUGUUCACACAAAGAGCCCGCAAGAUCCUGAAGAACCACGACCCUGCGGACAAGCCGCUCUUCCUGCUACUCUCCCUCCAGGCGGUCCACGGCCCUCUCCAGCCUCCCAAGCCCUACGUCUACCUGUACCGGGACAUGGCUAGUGUUGCCAGGAGGAAUUUCGCUGCCAUGGUGUCCACUGUGGACGACGCGGUGCGAAACCUCGUCUAUGCCCUCAGAAAGUAUGGCUACUACAAAAACAGCGUCAUCAUCUACUCCACAGACAAUGGAGCACAACCGUUUGUGGGCGGGAGCAAUUGGCCGCUACGAGGUCGCAAGGGAACGUACUGGGAGGGUGGCGUCCGCGGAGUGGCGUUUGUGCACAGCCCGCUAUUGAAGCGCCGGAGGCGGGUCUCCACCGCUCUGCUCCACAUCACCGACUGGUUUCCAACUCUGGUGGGACUGGCGGAAGGAAACACAAGCCAGAGUCGGGGGCUGGACGGCUUCGAUGUUUGGCCCGCCAUCAGCGAGGGGAAGGAGUCGCCCCGCAAGGAGAUCCUGCACAACAUCGACCCUCUUCACAAACCCCCCGCCGAGCCCAGCGGCUGUGACCACGGCGAAGCCGAGACGGCUGCAGCUCCCAAGGCCAGAAGACCAAAGAUUAAGAAGCCCAAGAAGAGAGUUCUGAAGCUGCAACAGAAUCAAAGAUCUGUUUUUAGAGUAAAAAACUUCAAGAAAAAGAAGGUUCUGAAGCAGAAACCAAAUAAAAAAUCUGCACCUGAGUUAAAAACCACAAAGAAACCUAAAAAAAUUGCUGCUAACCCUAAAACUAAGUCUCAGAAAUCCAAUCCUGGUCUCAAACUUCAGGCCAAAGCUCAGAAACCAAAGCGCCGGUCUUACUCAGAACCACAGUCCAGUGGGAGUCCUUCUGAGUCAAAACUGUCCAGCUCUAAGCCUCACCUUUGGCGACCUCUGAAGACCAAUUCCAAGCGGACGACGACCCAGGAGCAGAACCUGUCCCUGUCAGAACCUGCAAGAUCUAGGACUCACCUCAAACAGGCACUGGGCUCUCGUCAGCCUUUAGGGUACCAGAACAUGUCCCUGACGGGAACACCGAAGCCCAAAUCCCGUCUAGCUUCACAUGUGUCUGCCGUGUGGGACACGUCCGUCCAAGCAGCCAUCAGAGUCGGAGACUGGAAGUUGCUGACAGGAGAUCCAGGACACGGAGACUGGAUUCCAGUCCAGAUGCUGUCCGCCCCUGUGGGCCCCUGGUGGAACCUGGAGCGCACCAUGGUGCCCCGCUACAAGCAGUCCGUCCACAAAGACGUCUGGCUCUUCAACAUCACCGCCGACCCGUACGAGCGGCGGGACCUGUCGCAGCAGAGGCCCGAUGUGGUGCUGCAGCUGCUGGGCCGCCUCGCCUUCUACAACCGGACCGCCGUCCCCGUCUACUUCCCCCCGGACGACCCCCGAGCCGACCCCGACCGCCACCAGGGAGCCUGGGUUCCCUGGGUGGACGAAGACGACGACAAGAGGGGCAGACACAAAGGAGUGUACAAGAAAGAAAGGAGCGUGAAGAAGCUGUGCAAGCUGGAGUCCUUCUUCCUGAAGCUGAACACGGGGAUGAUGUCCAACCGCAUCUGAGGACGCUUUUCAUUUACGUCUGAUGCUGUUUUAUAAGACACGAGGAUUCAAGCAGCUUUAAGGAGGAAAAGUUUCACGAUCAACAUAAUUCCUUCAGAAUCUGCUGGAAUUACGUUGAUCGUGUUAACGUUCGAACAGUUAUAGUAUGUUGAAUCUAUUUUCAAAGUGGUCUUUAAUUCUAAUUACGCCAAAAUCAAUCGUUUUUUAGGACAUAGUUUCUGCAGAGCUGUUGCUGUAGCUCAUGGGUGUCAAACAUACGGCCCGCGGGCCACAUCCAGCCCUCCAGAUGGUUUAAUCCGGCACAGUCAUGACGAGAAAAAAAUAUAAGGAUGUUGGCAAUAAAAUGGAAGUUUCUAGUCUGUUCCUGUGGCAAAUUAUGGUUCUUCAAAGAAAUGACCGCAAUGCGCAAUUCCGCCACUAGGGGGAGCAAAGGGGAAAAAUACCAGCAUAACAAGAGAUCAAGAAAUAAACAGCAUUUUCUUGAAGGGCGUGUCACAUCUGGGUGAUGCAAUUAGGUUAGCGAGAGUCUAGCCGUUUACACUAGCCGUUUACAGCCCCUCACACCUCCAACUUAACGUUAUUGGAGCAAGAAAAAUGGCGAGCAAUAUUGCAGCUGUCUCACCAUAUUGUUCACACUGGACUACCUGUCACUUCCUGAUACUAGCAUGUCCGCCACCUACAGUUGGAGGAGGCCUGGUGUGAAAUGUCAGAGCGGUGCAAAUGUGGUGAAUUAAGGCCAAAUCUGAAUUCUUCCCCUACUCUUACAUUUAGCCCUUCAGAGUCAUGGAAAAAAGUGACUUCAAACUCAGAGUCACUCCCACUCAAUGACAUCAUCAAUAGUCGCCCACGUUAGCGAUGAGCUGCUAGCGCUCAGAAUAUAAAUAACAGUUCUGUCCGAAUCCCCCCCCAAACCCCUAACUACUAAAAAACUAUAUAAUGCGGGACUAUAUAGUGCACUGGAUUUUAAAGAUAAUUCGGACACGAUGCUCACUACUUUUUUUCGUUUUUCUAAACGCCGGA